CGUUACUGCUGCUGAGAUUGCUACUGCCCGUGCUGAUGAUGUUAACAAGACUAAUAAAACUAUAUACAUCAUCCAACCAGCAGCCUCCACUGUACAAGAUUUUCUAGAAACCUACCAAACACCACCAUCAUCAUUAAAAACACCACCAUCACCGCAGCCGCCACACAUCUACGACGAGCGAAGCCUCAACAACCCAGACCCCAGCCCAUCUACGAUGGAGCAACAAACGCCGCAAGAAUUUAUUCUCGAAGCCUUCGCCGAUCCGGCGUCGGUACGCGAUGUGGUGCGAGGUAUCCUGCACACGAUAUUCUUCCACCGCUUCUUCCCCUCCCUUACCCCGCGGUCGCGCGAGGUCCUUGACAUCAUGCUACCGUAUGUAGAGGAUGCAGAACUAGACACCAUGAUCGAGAAGCGCGCCGCCGAACUAGCACGAGAACUCGACGCGACCACGACCCCAACUACCACACAUCUACACGCACACCCGCAUUCGUCGCGGGUGCCUACAGCGACCGGUGGUCGCGGCAACAUAUCCGUGCAGUUCUUCGAGAAGAAGCGACGGAAGGUGUGGUACAUGCGCGGGGGCGGCGACGAGGAAGUGUGCUGGGAGAGCUGGACGGUGAAAGUUACCGUUGCGGAGCCGCGGACGGAGAGUGAACGAGCCAAAGUCCGCCGAGCAAUGGAACAAACCCUCCUAACCGCCGCCAUGAAGAUCGUAACCUGCGUAAACUCGCACAAAGACCACAUCCCGCCCAUCCUAACCAGCGAAGCGAACCCGUUCCCCUACCAGAUCACCGUGAACCAAAAAGACGCCGGCUGGGCCACACGCAUGGGGCUCUAUAAGUAGUAUGAGGCGGCCGUCUCCACCCUUAAAUUCAUUCUAGACAUCGAAGAGGACGAAUGAGGUGUGUUCAUGCAUAGAAUCUGGAUCUGGGAUUUCGGGCGCAUGAGACCCGAGGCAUGGGAAGGGGAAGGGUGUUGUAAUGCAUCAUCGACGAGCAAACAAAAAAGGAGCAUUGAGUGUUGGCCGGUUGGUUGGCUGGUUGGAUUGUUUGGCGGGAAACGGCGUCUAUAUCAUCAUUCACUAAUGGUUGGAUGGAAAUGGCGCUUCUUGGGAUAUCCCCCUCUAUGAUAGACAAGGCUUCUUCACGGAUCAUGGAUUAUCAUCGCAUCGUAUCGUGGGUAUUGUUUUCUCUCAUCCUGGUAGGCUGGUUUUCACUACAUCAGGAUAGCUACAGCGGAUACUGGAGUAAUACGAAUCAUAAGCUUAACAGCGCUAUGUGGGUGGCUUACGGACGCAGAGACUAUUGGUUGGU